GCGGGGCCGGGCGGCGGCGGGCGGCAGCGGAGCGGCGGCAGCGGUAGCGCCAUGGCGGAGGCGCAGGACGGGCCCGGGCGGCGCGGCAAGAGGCCGGGGGACGGGGAGGAGGAGCCGGGCGAGGAGGAGCGGGCCGGGCGGCGGCGGCGGAGCUUCCAGCCGGCGGCGGAGUCCCGGGGAGCCACGGUCCUGCACGAUACCAUCAGCACCCGCCCGCAGCCCCUGCCAGCGAGGCACUUUGACACCAAGACAACAGAGCCCGUCAGCUUCUUCUUGUCUGGCCUGGAGGAGCUGCUGUCCUGGCAGCCCGAUGGCAACGACGACUUCAACAUCUGCGCUGUGCAGCUGGCCAAGCGCCAGCCCCCGCUCCACAGCAAGAGGCCCCGGACACUGGUGUGCCACGACAUGCGUGGCGGGUACCUGGAGGACAGGUUCAUCCAGGGUUCAGCCACACGCAACCCCUACGUCUUCUACCACUGGCGGUACAUCGACAUCUUCGUCUACUUCAGCCACCGCACUGUCACUAUCCCACCCGUGUGCUGGACCAACGCGGCGCACCGGAAUGGCGUCCUGGUGCUGGGCACGUUCAUCACGGAGUGGACGGAUGGGGAGAAGCUGUGCGAGUCCUUCCUGGCUGGCGGGGAAGAGGCAUUCCGUGCCGUGAGCGAGCAGCUGGCGCGCAUUGCCCAGCACUACCGCUUUGAUGGCUGGCUGGUCAACAUGGAGAACACGCUGAGUGCGGCAGCGGUGAAGAACCUGCCCCCCUUCCUGCGGCACUUGACCGCACAGGUUCACAGUGCCGUGCCUGGGGGCCUGGUGAUCUGGUAUGACAGUGUCCUGCAGAAUGGCACGCUGAAGUGGCAGAAUGAGCUGAACCAGGACAAUAGGGUGUUCUUUGAUGCUUGUGAUGGGCUGUUCACCAACUACAACUGGAAGGAAGAGCACCUGGAGCGCACGCGUGCGCUGGCCGGCCCGCGCCAAACUGAUGUCUAUGUUGGCAUCGAUGUCUUCGCCCGUGGUGAUGUGAUCAGUGGUGGCUUUGACACCAACAAGUCGCUGCGCCUGAUCCGCCAGCACGGCCUCUCCGCUGCUGUCUUCGCUCCCGGCUGGGUCUACGAGCACCUGGGCGAGGAAAACUUCCUGCGCAAUGAGAACAAGUUCUGGGGCUUGCUGGCUGAGUACCUGCUCACACAUAGCGUCUGCACUCUGCCCCUCGCCACCUCCUUCAGCCUGGGCAUGGGCACCAGCAGGUUCCUGGAUGGGAAGGUGGAAGAGGCCGGGCCCUGGUAUGACCUGAGUGCACAGGAGAUCCAGCCCCUCUACCCGGAGCAGGAAGGCAGGCUGAGCACAAGCUGCUGCCUGCAGGAUGCCUGGUGUGGUGGCAGCUCUCUGAGGCUGCAGGGGAUCAUCCCUGCCGGCGAGGAGCAUGUGGCCAUCCGCCUUUUCUCUUUGCAGAUGCCGGCGCCCCCCAAGCUCUUCCUGACCUUGCUCUACAAGCUGGAGGGGCCGCACACCGAGUUUACUGUUGCGCUGGAGCUCACCACCUGGGACUCGGGGACCUGCUAUGAGGGCAAUGUCACCUCCCUGCCCGAGCCCAGCGGCCGUCAUCACCCCCGGUUCCUCUCGGCACCACCGCCCGGCCUCGCCAAGCUGCUUGCCUCCUGCAACAGUGGCUCCCAUGGCUGGACCAGCCGGUGCUAUGAGCUGGAUCUUCACGACUGCAGCCUGCGCGACCUCUCCCUGCUCGUGUCCCGCCAGCAGCCCAGCCCACAGGAGAUGCCCUUCUCCUGCCUCCUCGGGGAGGUCCGGGUGCUGGAUGCGGCCAGCGUGGCGGCCGCCCCGCCGCAGAUACAGAGCCUGUUGGCCUCGCAGCUCUGGUGGCAGGAGGGCCCCACGGCGGAGCAGCUCUCGCUCAGCCUCACCCUGCGCUGGACCUUCCCGCCCGGCCAGGCCAGCUGGUUCCGAGUCUUCAGCCAGGGCGCCCGCUGCCGCCAGGGCCAGACGGCGCCGCAGCUCCUGGGGCUGGCGCACGCCUGCCUGUACCGCGCCGUGGGGCUGGCGGUGCCGCGGCCGGCGGCCGGGCAGUCCUGCCGCCUGGAGCUGCUGGUGGAGCCGGUGCUGCGCAACGAGCUGCCCGUGGACCCGCAGCUCUGGGGGCGGCUGGUGUUGAUCUACUCUGCACCAGCCACGGGCACCAGCAGAGACGGGCAUUAAAAGCAAACGUGGUGCGGCGCCAUGUCUGUGUCUCCUCUGUGCUGGUGGGGUGGCUGUGGGCUCAGCGGGUUGAGGCUGCAUCUCAUAGAACCGUGGAACGGCUUAGGUCAGAAAGGACCUCGAGAU